AUGACGGAGUCAGAACUUCGAUGCAUAAAGUGCGACGAUGCGGUGACACUUGAGACUAGUCACGCCAGUGGACGGAACGUCCUAAGGCGUGUCUGCGGGGAUUGUUCCGGCACUGACCGGUGGCUCCAAAGGUGCCGCAAAACUAAGGACAAGAAGGGGGGGGGAACGGAAAAGGAACGAGAAGCAAGAGUGAACGCCGAAAAAGUGGCCGUGUCGCUCAGCAAAAUGAGCACUGAGGAGAAGUUUGCCUGGUACAGAAAACAGAAAGCGCAAAGGCUCGAAAACGGCGCAAGCCGCAAGCGUACCUUCGAAACGGCGGUAGGGGCUUUGACGGAAGAGAGGAAGAGGAUGGAAACCCAACAGGACGUGGACCGGUGGUUCCGGUUCAAGGACUGGGCGGCGAGGGAGGCGUUGCUGACAGGAGCAAAGCCCGAAGAGCUGCCCAGGUUGUGGAAGGCAGAGACCUCGAAGCCCGGCGCAAUCACGAAGGUUGUGCGAGGCGAGCUCUUGUUGAAGGAGUGGUCAGGCUGCGAAGACCGCUUGGGGUCGCAGCACGAGCUGUCCACCUCCGUGAAGCAGAGGAUGGAUCUCGCCUCAAGGGAAGACCUGGAGAGAUUCCAUGAGAUCUCUUGCGGCAGGCUCGAGCGAGGACAGAACCUCCUUUCGGCCGACCGUCUUGUGAACAGUGCAAACAACACAAGGCAGGAAAGCCAACUCCUCAAUGUCGUGGCUGACAUGGAGGAGGCGGCACAAACCCGCAGGGAGCUGGAGGCCCGUCUCUUCGAAGAAGCCGAGAUCGCCGAGGCAAGGCGAAAAGCGGCACAGGAAGAGAAGCCGAAGGUUUCCAGUGCAACACUGGAAAAGUUGCAGUACGAGCAGUCGAUGGUUCAAGCGGACACCACGAUCGAGUCGUGGUUGCGGAAGCGUCGGAAUUCCUACGCCGGCGUGGUUGCGGACAUCAAAGAAGCCGGCAUCGAAUCCGAUGCUGCCGGCAAAGCCGAGCUGCAGAUCAAGACCCAAGACUUCGAGCGGUUGGUCUCCGAGCUGAAGCGGGAGGUGAUGGAGAAGCUUCAGACACUUGGCUCAUUACAGAUCUUUUUGAAAAUCAAGGAGGAUGGGGAGGCGGAUGGCCCGACGGACCUGGACGAACUGGCUCGGCAUUGGAAUGCACUCUACAUUCGGGUGUCCAAGGCUGUGAAGGAGGUCUCGACCUGCCAACCCGCCGCCGAUCUGAAGAAGUUCUUGGGCGGCUUCCGGAGCUGGGUGAACCAGUUCAAGAAAAAGGUCGGGAACUCGAAGAAGACAAAGAAGGACAGCAGCAAGGACGAGAACAAGAAAGCGAAGGUGAGCGGCCCUCCUGCGGGAACUGGUACGAAGAUGGGCGAAGAGAUCCUCAGCAGCUAUGCCGGGGCCUUGAAUGCCGGGCAGGAGGUGUCCGAGAAUUUCAAUUUGGCCAAUGAAUGCUUCAAUGCCCUCGACUGGCUGUGCCAGGGCAAGGGGUCGCAGUGCCUGCAUAUCACCGCAGCACAGACAAAAGCCUUCGUCGAUGACAUCUGCGGGCUGACCUACUUCGCUCAGCAGAAAGAGUGGGUCUAUGAGAGCUGGAGCAAGGACAAGGCCAAGGCCCAGGUGUCCUUGGCCCUUGUGGCCAAGAGCAACAUUGCGACGAAGAUCCUCAAGGGUUGGGCCCACGUGCUGGGAAAAAAAGCAGAAGAUGAAUUGAUCUCCGUGAGCACGGACGUGGAUCCCCUCCUCGGCGAGAUCUUCAUACCCUGCUUUUGGUCCUUCGGCAAGAAGACCCACAAGAUCUUCUACUCCACCGACUACGGCCUGACGGAGUUCAAGGUGAUCUUGGAAGGGGCAUGCCUUUUCAUCGGCAGGCCUGUGCCAGAUGACGGCCUCAAGAGCUUCGGCAGCUUCUGCCAGACCGUGAGCGAAAACGAGAGCCAGAACUGGCUGGAUGAGUGCAACGAUCAUGGCUGGGCUGUUCUGCUGAAGAAAGGCGACAUGCUGGGAAUCCCAGCUGGCCACGCCUACAUUCAGGUCUGUGUGGAAGAGUCCCACGGCGUCAGGAUCCUGAAGGGCUCCCGCCGUGGUCUCAAAGCCAGCAAAGAGAUCCUGCAGGCCAGGAUCCAGCAGUGGCCGGAGUUGCAGGAGCAUCGUACCGGAAAGCUGCUGGCCUGGGCGAACUCGGUGUGA